CACGGGAUUGUUUAUCAGAACUGAACUCACUGGGCGUUUGAAUUGCGCCCCUAGCGUGUAACGGUCGAACCUUUCUCCAUGAAAUGCCUCAAUCGUAGGCUCCGCCUUUAGCCGUGGCGAAUCCCUGUUCCUCUAUCAGUGAUGUUUCUAAGAGGGGGGGACGUGUUGUGCUCAGUUGUAGGCAGUGGGUAGGUGAACGAGGUCCAGAAACAGACAGCCUGAGCUGCGAUCCCUGAGAGGCGAUGAUGGCGGCGGCUGUAGAGAGAGGAGGGGUACGAGCCGCCUUCUUGAAUCCAGGCAGCGGAGGUGGUGGCGGCGGUGGACCAGCCCCGAUGCUUGUCCCCGCCGCUCCCGGAGCCCCGGCUGGGGCUGCUGGUUCGUGCUCAGCGUCGGGAGGUUCGGGUCCCAUGCCUGUGCCUAUGAAUCUUUUUGCAACAUGGGAAAUAGACCGAUCGUCUCCGAGCUGUGUUCCGAGGUUGUGUAGCCUUACAUUGAAGAAGCUCAUCGUGCUCAAAGAGCUGGACAGGGAGCUCAACUCUGUGGUUAUCGCUGUGAAAAUACAGGGUUCCAAGCGAAUCUUGAGGUCAAACGAGUACAUGCUCCCCCCGAGUGGUCUGAUGGAGACGGACCUGGAGCUCACCUUCUCCCUACAGUAUCCCCACUUCCUGAAGCGUGAUGCUAACCGGCUGCAGAUUAUGCUCCAGCGGCGCAAACGCUACAAGAACCGCACCAUCCUGGGCUACAAGACCCUCGCUGUGGGGGUCAUCAACAUGGCUGAGGUGAUGCAGCACCCUACGGACGGGGGUCAGAUCCUGGGUCUCCAUAACAACGUGAAGGAGGCUCCGGUGCGUGCGGCCGAGCUGAGUGUGUACUCGCUCUCCAGCCAGCCCAUCGACUCUGAGGAUGCCAGUGGCCACCCUGAAGCCAAGGCCAAAGCCUCGGACCGCUCCCCAGACAUGGACAACUACUCGGAGGAUGACGACGACAGCUACUCCUCGGAGCAGGAGGCCAGUGACGACGCCGCGCAGGCCCAGGACCUUUACGACGAGGACGACGACGUCCAGAGGAAGCCAAAGAAAUCACGGAGGAAAAUGAUCAGGACCACCUCCAUGACCAGGCAACCCAAUUUCAAGCAGAAGUUUGUGGCUCUCCUUAAGAGGUUCAAAGUAACAGACGAGGUUCUGGACUCGGACCCGGUGGACCAGACCCAGGAGGUGGAGGAGGAUCUGGACCUGCUGUACGACAGCUUGGAGGUCUACAACCAGAGCGACAGCGGCCCCGAGAUGGAGGACAACGAGAGUGUCCUGAGCACCCCCAAACCCAAACUCAAGCCCUUCUUUGAGGGCAUGUCCCACUCAAGCUCUCAGACGGAGAUUGGUAGCCUGCACAGCCAGAAGAGCCAGCCACGCGAGUCCUCUUCAGGAGACCUGUUGACAGUAGAGAAGAGCAAAUUAUCUGCAGGUCGCUUCACAGAUGAGAGCUCUGUCCUGGAGCCUACACCUGGGGACGAGGCGGAGGAGGAGGUGGUGGUUGUGGGCACGACGAGCGUUGCUGCAGCCGAGCUCAGCGCCAGCUGGGACGUGAGCACGGACAAGCUGGCUGGCACCGUGGGCAAACUCUCCAAGACCGAGUCCCAGAGUCACAUGUCCCCCAGUAAAACGGAGAACAAGCUUGCACGGCGCACCCGGAGCACCUCCAUGAAGGACCGGCAGAACUCCAAGGCCCAGAGUGACCGCACCAGCAGCAUCGACAGCGAGACCUCGCCCGACUCCAGGCUCACUGUACAGGUUCCCAGGAAGUCUGUUUACGACCAGCUGAACCAGAUCCUCAACUCAGACGAGACACUGCCAGAGAGCAUCAUCCUCAUCAACACCACCGACUGGCAGGGCCAGGUCUGUGUGAUGCAGCACCCUACGGACGGGGGUCAGAUCCUGGGUCUCCAUAACAACGUGAAGGAGGCUCCGGUGCGUGCGGCCGAGCUGAGUGUGUACUCGCUCUCCAGCCAGCCCAUCGACUCUGAGGAUGCCAGUGGCCACCCUGAAGCCAAGGCCAAAGCCUCGGACCGCUCCCCAGACAUGGACAACUACUCGGAGGAUGACGACGACAGCUACUCCUCGGAGCAGGAGGCCAGUGACGACGCCGCGCAGGCCCAGGACCUUUACGACGAGGACGACGACGUCCAGAGGAAGCCAAAGAAAUCACGGAGGAAAAUGAUCAGGACCACCUCCAUGACCAGGCAACCCAAUUUCAAGCAGAAGUUUGUGGCUCUCCUGAAGAGGUUCAAAGUAACAGACGAGGUUCUGGACUCGGACCCGGUGGACCAGACCCAGGAGGUGGAGGAGGAUCUGGACCUGCUGUACGACAGCUUGGAGGUCUACAACCAGAGCGACAGCGGCCCCGAGAUGGAGGACAACGAGAGUGUCCUGAGCACCCCCAAACCCAAACUCAAGCCCUUCUUUGAGGGCAUGUCCCACUCAAGCUCUCAGACGGAGAUUGGUAGCCUGCACAGCCAGAAGAGCCAGCCACGCGAGUCCUCUUCAGGAGACCUGUUGACAGUAGAGAAGAGCAAAUUAUCUGCAGGUCGCUUCACAGAUGAGAGCUCUGUCCUGGAGCCUACACCUGGGGACGAGGCGGAGGAGGAGGUGGUGGUUGUGGGCACGACGAGCGUUGCUGCAGCCGAGCUCAGCGCCAGCUGGGACGUGAGCACGGACAAGCUGGCUGGCACCGUGGGCAAACUCUCCAAGACCGAGUCCCAGAGUCACAUGUCCCCCAGUAAAACGGAGAACAAGCUUGCACGGCGCACCCGGAGCACCUCCAUGAAGGACCGGCAGAACUCCAAGGCCCAGAGUGACCGCACCAGCAGCAUCGACAGCGAGACCUCGCCCGACUCCAGGCUCACUGUACAGGUUCCCAGGAAGUCUGUUUACGACCAGCUGAACCAGAUCCUCAACUCAGACGAGACACUGCCAGAGAGCAUCAUCCUCAUCAACACCACCGACUGGCAGGGCCAGUAUCUGAAUGAGAUCCUGCAUGAACACGGCCAGCCCAUCGUGUCCACCAUCUCCAGCGCAGACGUGCAGGCCGCCUUCACCACCAUCGUCACGCGCAUACAGCGCUUUUGUAACUGUAAUGCCCAGACCCCUCCCCCCAUCAAGGUGGCGGUGGCGGGGGACCAGAGUUACCUCAGCACCGUGCUGCGCUGCUUCGUGGAGCAGCUGGCCAACAAGACGCCCGACUGGCUCAGCUACAUCCGCUUCCUGGUCAUCCCCGUCGGAUGUCACCCUGUGGCCAAAUACAUCUCCACCUUUGACAGCAAGUUCAACAACAUCUUCAUGGACGCCGGCUGGAGAGACACCUUCAGCAGGCUGGAGGCCCCGACAUCAGAUAACAUCGAUGUGAAUGGCCGUGUAAACCAGUAUCUGGCUGGAGCCAGCGUAUCUCACCAGUUCCCCAUCUCAGAGGCCAUGCUGACUUACAAACAGAAAAGCCCUGAUGAGGACUCCUGUCAGAAGUUUGUGCCAUUUAUUGGGCUGGUAAAAGUGGGAAUAGUUGAACACAGCCUCUCUACUUCAGUGGACUCUGAUGACUGCAUGGUUACCGGGGUGACCAUGCUGUCGUCCCCCCCACCUCAGACAGGGGCACAGUACGCCAAAGACCUGACCUGCACCCCACCCUCCUCCCCCUCCGUCUCCAACGCACUCUCUGGAGCAGGUUCUCCGUGCACUGGCGGAGAGGUGAUGGGUCUGCAGGUGGACUACUGGACGCUGCCGGGCGUGGAGAAGCGCAAGGAGGGUGAGAAGAGGGACGUGGGAGUCAAGAACACGCUCAAGAGCAACUUCCGCUCGCUGGCCGUCUCCCGCGUGCCCGCAGGGGGCGAACUGGCGCCGCCGCCCGGAAUGGCCAUGACCGUCGUCAUGAAGGAGAAGAACAAGAAGGUGAUUUUCCUGAGCAAGAAGCUCAAAGAGAAGGACGUGGACUCGAAGAGCCAGGUGAUCGAGGGCAUCAGUCGCCUCAUCUGCACUGCCAAACACCAGCACACCAUGCUGAGAGUGUCCAUCGACGGCGUGGAGUGGAAUGACGUCAAGUUUUUCCAGCUGGCCGCCCAGUGGCCCACCCACGUCAAGCACUUCCCCGUCGGAGUCUUCGGCUACACCAAGCCCAUCUGAACCCCCUCCCACCCCCCCACCUCACACACACACACACACACACACACACACACACACACACACACACACACAUCUCUGCCCCACCCCACCCCACCCUAUCCUCACACUCCACACCUCCUCCUCACCUCCUGAGAUCCCCGCAGAUCUUAAACCCUCCGAGAGAGAGAGGGAGAGCGAGAGGGAGGGAUGGGGCUUCUGGACUGUUACAGUGCAACGGCGGGAAAAGGCAAAUCAAUUUAUAAAGAGUGACUCUUCGACAAGGAAGCAAACAAGGAAAACAAAAAACAAAAAAUACUGCAAAAUGUAAGAAUGGAAGGAAGAUGGAAAGAAUGAAUAAAUGACAGAAAGUCAAGGACAAACUGAUUUUCCUGUGGAAAAGGAAUAUGACAAGAAGUGUUGACUUUUGGAACCUGUGAGUCACCGCCAUCUUGGCCACCUACCCCCCAUACUGGAUGUUGUCACGGUGGUUUGUUAAUGUUGUUGGUGUGUAGCUGCCCCCUUCUACGCAGCUCAAGUAGGAGGGAAAAAAAAACAAACUGUUUUUUAAAUGUGUGUUCAAGCGUAUGUGCUGCCUUUUAAAAGAUGCAACAAAAAAGAAGAAAAAAAAACUAGACAAAACACACGUUUCAGUCACAGUGUGUGUCGUCAUGAGGAGAUGGUAGCCAGCAUAUCAGGCAGCUUGGUUUUGCACUUUUUUGUUGUUUGUUUAUUUUGUAUAAGAAAGUGUUAUAAUUUUUUGUUUAGAUGUUAUUAUUUCUGUGAAAUCCUGUGAGUAGGUGCUCUUUUUGUGCUAUGUUAAAAGGGGUUGGGAGACUUAAGUGAGUGUGUGUGUGUGUGUCUGUGUGUGCGUGUGUGUGUGCGUGUGCGUGUGCAUGCACAUUCGUGUGUGUCAUAGUGUGUUAGGGUGCUUAGAUAAUGAAGUGUUGCUCUGAGACAGAACUUUUUUCCCUCUAACCUGAGAGGAAUGUACUCGCACUCCUGUUCUAGUCUACAUUUUUAGUCCAUUCAAAGUGACUUCAGUGACUCCAGUUUCUUUUUUAUAUAGGACCUCAUUUACUUAACUGGCUAACAUUCUUGCCUUUUUUCUUUUGAAAUGAAUAUGUGUGUGUGUGUGAAUUUGAAGAUAAAAAAAUAGUGCAGAAUCCAGGAGCCUAUUUUACGUAGGGAGAUGUUGGAGAAGUCGGAUGCUCAUGCACGUAUAGAAGGCCUUAACGACAAAGUAAAAACCAGACAGAAACGAUUUUUGGCUAAAAAAGGUUUUUCUUUUUCACUCUUGGUCACCAUACAGAGUCUCCACCUGCACACUGCUGCGUUGGCCUUUAUGGGUUGCGGUCAGCACAGCUCUCAAACCGCCUUUUGGCAGGCUGUGCCCUCCUCGUGCCGGUGGUGUCCACAGUGCCCCCCUGUGGAUACACGAUGGUAGUGCUGCGGUUUAAAACCACUCGUGUGUCUUUUACCAUCCUCACGAGAGUCAGUGCCCCUCACGAGGGUCAGAUACAGAUGGUCAGCUGUGCUGGCAGCCGACAGUGUCCCCCCCCCCUAAGGGUUCGGCGUGCGCGGCAUUGUGGGUUGGUGGUAGCCAUGGCGUCUGGGGAAACUGGCCGGUGUUGGCGACGUCGGCACCUUUUGUGUUGUGCCCACUCCUGGCCCCUGAGUGCCACUGCUUGGCAGCGCCAUGUCACACAGCCAUCCAGCUACUCUGCUGAUAUUGGCACGGUGGACAUCUGCAUUUUUUUUUUUUUGGUGAUAUUUUUCCUUUUUUUCGACGAGCACAGGACUUUCAAACCUUCUCUGAUUUUAAGGGCUGAUAACCACUGUGGAAGUCUGGAAGGGCGCGAAUGCUGGAACAUACACGAGGGGGAGGUAAACCCCCCCCCCCCGAGCAAAGACUCUUUGAAGAUUUACUAUGUGUAGGUCUUCUCUUUCUCUUUCUUGCUCUCUCUUUCUCUCUUCUCCGUUUCUCUGGUUUUCUUCCUCUCUCACUGUUUCUUCUUCUUCUCUGCCACAUUAUGAAAAACCCUUUAAUACUGAGUGUGUUUGCAUUGCAUGACAAUUUUUAGCUUUAGACCGUUUGGAGGUGAUUGGUCUGCUGUGACGGGGGAUAUUUUUUCAAAAACGCUUGAAACCGCAAUUUCGACUUGAUGUUACGUGGUGUCUAAGCGUCAUCUAAGGACUAAGGCAAAAAACAAGAGAAUGUCAUUAACAAGUGUUUAUAUACUGUAUGUAUGUGGGUAUGUCUGUGUGUGUGUGUGUGUGUGUUGAUCAUUUGGGUGCAUAACACAGUUGAGUGUGUACAUUUGGUUGUGUGUGUUUAUUUCCAGGGAGUCGCAUCGAGACCUGCUUUGGUCUCCUGUUUCGGGAAGGGUGUACUGUGAAAAAUGUGGUGAUCCUAUGGAACUUGCCUAAAGGGAAUGUGUGGUGUGUGUGUGCGCGCGUGUGCAUGUGUGCGUUUGAUUAAACUGGAGCGAAACGUGUCGCUUUAUCGUUUGGAUUGAUAUUGUACAAACGUAUUCUCCAACUGUAAAACUCUGGAAGAACUGUGGAUGUUUUAGCCCCCCCCCCCCCCCUCCUUCUCUCUGACUUUCUCUGUCUCUGUCUCUGAAGUUGAUGGUGAAACUUACAGUAUAACUACAAUGUAUGUUGUUUUAAACGUUUAUUGUACAGAUUACCUUUUUUGUUCAAGAAGGUAUGAAAUUUGAAGGCCUGUGAGCUAUGAAAAGGUCAAUAUGCCUUUUUUUAGACAUUGGAGAAAGAGAAACGUUCUCUCACUGUCAGCUGACUCCAGGCUAGGUUCUAUCCUCAUCUUUUAAAGCACUACUUUGUCUGCCAUUUUGAGAAGACUGCCCUUCGGUCUAAACAACUUAAGAGCUAACAGGAAAUGAUAUGUACUCUAAUAUUGGGUCAGACCUGGUUUCGUUUUGAAAUUUUAAAAUGCGGACGUCUUUGCACAAAGUUAUUUUUUUUAAAUUAUAUGACAGUAUUCUUUUUUAAAAAAUAGACCACUGAGGAAAAAAACAAGUCUUUUGUUGGCUAUUUUGUAUAGUUUUGUUGUGUAUGUACAAAACAAAUUGUAUUGUUUCAUAUCGUUUUAACUUUUUUCGUGCAAUGUCUUACACAUAGCUUUUGUGUACUCCGAAACGUUCAGAUUUUAACCUGGCUUGCGUUCUUAAAAAAAAAAAAAAAAAAAAAAACUAUUAUUAACUGUUCAUUGUUGUGGUUGUUUUUAUGGCCCUUUUUCAAAAAGGAGUUGAGCUCUUUUAUAGAUGAGUUUGUUGUUUUUAUUCUUCUGACAUUUCAGCUGUAGGUGAGAGACUGAGACUCCAGCCGGUGUGAUGAGGUUUUAUAAGUGCACAGAAGAACACUUGUGUGUGUUUGAAUCCUUUUCUCGCUUCUCUCUUUUUUUGUAUUUGAUAAAUACUUAAAUAACUAUUCUUCAAAUUCAUACACAAAUUACAAAUAUUGAUGAGAAUAAUAAUAAAAAAAAAACAUGGAAAACA